GGCACGAAUCCUUGACGGGAAAUGUAACAACGACGACGUCUCGAUUUGAGUGAGUGAGAGCCAGGAAACGGUCUCCCUGGCGGUAGAAAGUUGAGGCGUGAAGCGCGACGCGCGAGUGAAGAGCGUGGAAAAUCGAAGUGGCAGCCAGGUUCGGCCAGUCGCCAGUGGGAACAUUGCCAUCAGACUAGCAGAAACUGUUCCGACGGUCGGUCAGAUCUUUUCGUUUUGUCCGUGUCCGUGUUUCCGUGAGUGAGUGUGUAUUGUGUGGGGGUUUCCUUUCUCGGUGCGCCGCUUUAUUUUCCCUGGCUCGAAGAGAACCAACAGCGGGACCAGAAGAUUGAUUCCCUUGCGCGUUAUUUUCCGUCGUUCCGUCGUCGUCUUUUCGUUCCGGGAGUUGGAAGAACCGGAGGCGUCCGCGAGUGAGUGUCUUUUUCCCCGUGAGGAAUCGAAAAUUUUGCGGACAUUUUCCGCCGUCGCAGCCGUCGUGUGAAAAGUCUCUAGAUUGGGGCCCAGAAUUUUUCCUUCCCCUUUUGGGUGCAACUCGCCACCGGAAGGGAGAAGAGAGUUUUAACUGUGUAGGGAUACAACAACAGCAGGGACAGGAAGAGCGGAAUCAGUGCGACAAAAUUCUUGUGCAAACGCAAAUCUCAACCAAUCCCAUCUAUUGGAAGGAAGAAAGUUGCCUUCAGCCGGAGGUUGUUCCGGGUUCCUGCGGAAAAAGUGUCAACCCCCAACAAAUUACCGUAAAAGUGUUUAGAGUGAAAAAAAAAGGAAAACAAACCCAAUCUGGUGCUUCGUUCGUUGUACUCUUUGUUAGUAUUUUUGUAUAUUAUUUUUUCGAUUCAAUCUUUCCACCGGAUCGAUUAAGCGGUAUCACUACCGCGCCCUCCCUCCUUCGAAAAUACGAAGAAACACUAAAUAUAUGCGGCCGAACAGUGUCGCGUACGAUCGCUACCGUUGGAAAAAGAUGGACCACCAGCCAUCUUCGACAGAGCGCAGCAAAGGCGGCUCUUCCGGGGCAGGACCGGAUUCCGGACAGGCUUCGGUUUCGGCGGAUCAGAAGAUCCCGGUCCUAACUACCAGCGGAUCCGGCACGCCAACGGCCACAACGACGGCAGCAGAAUCCAAAACGUCGACGCCCGGAUCGCCGGGAUCAAAUGCAACCGCCGGCAACCGGAGGGGAACCAAGCGGAAGAAUUCAGUCAACCUGCCCUCAGGCAAUGCAGCGGCCCGGAAGCGCCGCAAAAUGGUCCAGGCACAGCUGAAGGCAGGGCUGGAUCCGGGGCCCGGGGAUCAACUUCCGCAAACGAAGAAUACCGUGGCGGUGCUGAACGAGCUGAAGCGCAAUCUGGUCUACAAUCUGGAGUCGCAGUCGGGACCGGUGCACGCGCCCCUCUUCUCGAUGUCGGUGGUGGUCGAUGGUCAAAAGUUCAUUGGCCAUGGUCGAAGUAAAAAGCUGGCCCGCAUCGAAGCCGCAGCUGCUGCACUCCGGAGCUUUAUCCAGUUCAAGGAUGGGGCAACACUGACGCCCAUCAAACCCCUCCACAAUGUGGACUUCACCAGCGAUGAUCCAAUGAUCGACAACAGUAUGUUCCCGCUGACGGAUCCCCCGGCCAUCGUCGAUUCGGCGGAAACUCCUGCUGCUGCUGCUCCAGCAACGGCAACAACACCAGCCACCAAACCGACAGAAGAACCGACUCUCAAAAAGGAAACUCACCAAUCGAGACCACGGGAGCGCCAGAACGGAGCCAACCAUCAUCACAACAACAAUCUCAACAACAACAACAACAAUGUGCACUCAGCAAACAACAGUAAUUCCCCUUCUGAACCCAAUCCAAGUUCAAAUUUCAGUCGAUUUCAUAACAAUUUCAACCAUAACAACAACAACAAUAAAACUAACCAUAAUAACAAUGGCAACACGCCCGGUUUUCCCCCGUCCUAUCCAGAUCCCUACCAGAAAAACGUUCAUGAUCAUUAUCACUAUCAAUACAACAACAAUCACAACCAAAACCCGUAUCAUCACCAUCACCAUAAUCACUCACCGCACCACCACCAUCAUCAACAUCAUCAUCCAUACGCACCACAUCAUACGCAACACAGACCGCAACACCAAUACCAACAAAACAACAACAUUAGUUACGGCCUACUACAACAGCCGGUGGUUCAGCAGCAUCACCAUAGUAACAGUAACAGUAACAACAGUAGUGGUAGCAACCAAAUUCAUCACCAACACCAGCAGCAAGGCAAAAUUGGCAAUAACACGAAUGCCUUUGCAGCGGCCAUUGAGCUCGUCGCCAAUGGCAACGGUAGUAGCAAUACUAACAACCUUUAUCUAGCUACUGAUACUAACCAAGUGAACAACUACAACAACAACGAUAACUACAACUAUCGUAACCACCAACCGACAAAGCGUUCGAAUAAUGUUAUUAAUAAUGACUCCUUUAAUGCUCUGCCAUCAACAACCAAAACAACAACAACCCCAUCAAAAACACCACUACUACCACUACCGUCAACCAAAAAUCCUACAACACACCUCCAACAACAACAACAACAACCAUCAACCCCACUGAUAUCAUCACCACCAAACUUAGCCGCUAUCAACAACACCACCACCACCACCAAUGCCAACGGUGCCAAUGCUAGUGCAGGCGGCAUCCGAACCAUUGUAAAUACUAGUAGUAGUGGCAGUUCCCUUGGCUACAAUCACAGCAACCAGCUGCAGCAGCAGCCGAACCAUCAAUUGCAUCCAUCGCUGUUGCUCCGUGGUGCGCAGCACCAAAAACAACCGUCGCCGUCCUCCUUCUGUUCUUCCUCGUCUUCGGUUGGCCCGCCGAUGAAUCCCAAUACAGCCGCCUGCGCCGCCGCCACAAUUAAUAACAGUAACAAUCAUACUAGCAACACUGCUGCUGCUGCUGCUUCCCCGCCUAUCAUCGGCGGGCAUCGGCAGCUGGUCGAAAGAAUUCAGCAAAGUUUAGAUCUAUUUAAAAAUUCCAAUGAAAAGAAUGUAGCGUGGAAGAAGCGAUUAGAAAAGCUCAAGUCCUCGGCCGCCCAUGCCGCCCGGAAGGUCUCGCCGGGUCAGUCUACCAAGCCACAGCCCGAGAAGGGUCCGGUGAUGCUGCUGCACGAGCUCUUCACCGAUGCCCACUUCGAGUGCGUUUCCACGGACGGCCUGCAGCACUCCAAGUUUACCGUGGUCGUAACGGUCGAUGGCCAACGCUUCGAGGGAACCGGCCCGUCGAAGAAGAUGGCCAAGAAUGCCGCGGCCAAGGCAGCGCUGGCCUCGAUGUGCAACAUCUCCUUCAGCCCGCUGCAGCAGGCCAAGUUCGGUAUGGUAAGCAAUGCCGGAUCCGGCGGAAUGGGACCCGGUAGCAUGUCCGGUCUCGGCAUGAACGGGGACGCCAUGUCCUUGCACGACCAAACGAAGGUCGAACUGCCCCAGACCUUUGCCGACACGAUCGGAAAGUUAGUCAUCGAGCGCUUCAACGAGGUUAUGAAAGGCAACGAUGUGUACUCGAGGCGUAAGGUUCUGGCGGGUAUCGUAAUGACCCACGGUUAUGACGCCAAAACGGCUAAGGUCAUCUCCCUGGCCACCGGAACCAAGUGCGUGAGUGGCGAGCACAUGAGCGUAACCGGAUCGGUGAUCAAUGACUCGCACGCGGAAAUCAUUGCCCGCCGAGGCCUCGUUGACUUCAUCUACACCCAGCUGGAUCUGCACUGUAAAAAGCAGUCGGAAAAUAUUAAACCUGCGGCGACCGCCGCCAGCCAGUGCAAUGGCAAAUCAUCGGCGGCAGAUCAAACGCCGGACAACGCUCUGCCGACCGAGCCGAGUAUCUUCGUAAAGCCGGAGGGAGCGAGUUUGUACCGUUUGCGGGACGGGAUCAACUUCCAUCUGUACAUCAAUACGGCCCCCUGCGGAGAUGCGAGAGUGUUCAGCCCCCACGAGAACGACAACAUGGAGGUAGACAAGCAUCCCAACAGGAAAGCCCGCGGCCAGCUGCGCACCAAGGUGGAAUCGGGCGAAGGGACGAUACCGGUCAAGAGCAGCGAAGGCAUUCAGACGUGGGAUGGUGUCCUGCAGGGGCAGCGUCUGCUGACGAUGUCCUGCUCGGACAAAAUAUCACGCUGGAACGUGCUCGGUUUACAGGGUUCGCUGCUCGCGUCCGUGAUCGAGCCGAUCUAUCUGCACUCGAUCGUGCUGGGCAGCUUGCUGCAUCCGGCGCACAUGUACCGUGCCAUCUGUGGUCGAGUGGAGAGUUGUAUCCAGGGUCUGCCCCCGCCGUAUCGGCUCAAUAAACCGAGACUUGCCUUGAUGACUUCGGCCGAGUCCCGGAACCAGACGAAACCACCCAACUUCAGCAUCAACUGGGUCAUCGGAUGUACCGAGGUCGAGAUCGUGAACUCCUUCACCGGUAAGUUGAUCAACAACAACACCAAUACAAACAAAAUGUCCCGGCUGUCGAAGCAGUCGUUCUACCGGCGAUACGCGGCCGUCAUUGCCGCGCUACCGGGUGCGCCCUUCCGGGAGGUUAAGGCCAGCUACUUUGAGACGAAGAUGUGCGUGCCGGAGUACCAACAGGCCAAGAAGGAACUGUUUGCGGCCUUCCGAAAGGAGGAUCUGGGCGAUUGGCUGAAGAAACCAAUCGAACAGGAUCAGUUCACGUUGAUUGCUCCGCGUCCGGAAGAGCUGGUGGUGCCGAACGGUACCGCCAAGAAUGGACCCAAUGGGACAGCACCGGUAAGCAAUGGCGCCGGCGUGAAUGUCGGAACUUCCACUUCGUCAGUGCCCCAACAACAGUCCAACAAUGGCGGCAACGGCGGUGGCGGCAAAUGACAUCAGGGGAGUAAACAUUCCAACAAGCAUCACCAGAACGGGACCGGUGCCGGCAGAUUGUUCUGAGGUCUGUGCCAGAGAAUCAACAGCAGCACCAGCGGUGAAAAGAAGAGAUAAAUUUUUUGGAGCUCGAAUACGAAGCCAGACACGUAGCGUAGUGUAGAUGCAGAAGUUUGAUCUUUAGCUUAAGUUCUAGGAACGAAGGUAUUCCUAUUUUUAAUUUGUUAUUUUUUUUUCUGCUAAGAAUGCAAAGUUUCAUGACUAAACAUGCCCUCGACUAGCGUGGGGCAGUUUGUUUUGCGUUAUCAAGUGAUCAUUUUACUGUUGAUUGUACUCUGCACCGUUACUAGAUGUUAAGAUUCCGUCUGCUUGUUUACUUUGAGUAUUUUUUUAGUCUCUAGAAACUACAGGAGAAUGUCCUGUAUUGGUGGGAUCAGUUGCAAGGAGCCCUUGGAAAGCUCGAUAUUGGAUAGCAAAACACUAAGGAAAACUAGCACUUCUUGUAUGCAGAAAAAUGUGUUCUUUCAUGUGAGCGUGUCAUAAUCACAUGGAAUAUAGCAGGAUCAUUGUUUAGGCCGAACGGCAUUUCAAUAGGUUUGUACUUUGACUUUCUAUCAUUGAGUAACUUUUAAACUGUUUUUGGCCAUUGUCAAUCAACAGUAUUUUCCUUUUUUUUAUUAUCAUUUUUAAUUUAUUUUUUUAGUUUUUUACUUAUAUGAUAAAAAUGUGUACUUUUAAGUUUGCGUGUCAUAAUCAUAUGGAAAACAGCAGGAGCAAUUUUAAAGCCAAAUGGUAUUUUUUCAGUUUAAGUUAUUUUUUUAUAAACACUGUCCUUAUUAUUUUUUUUCGAUAUUUUUUGUUAGCUUGUAAACCUGUCAAAAUUGAUCGUAUAAGGUGAAAUGAUGAAAAUACAGUGCCAUUUGACGGAGCCAAAACUUCAAAUUUUAGUAGGCGAAAAAAACUUAGUCAGAUUUUGUUUUGUUCCUCCAGAGUCAAUCGCAACUGUUCCAGACGGCUGAUCCCUCUAAGCUUUUUCAAUAGAUAACUACGGUGAAUAAUUUAUUAGACCUAAGUUUACUGCAAACAAACAGUUCGGUUCCAAAAUAUAGUCACAUUAAAACAAAUACGAUAUCGAUCCAGUUAAUCUUCACUAAUUCAGAGAACCCUCUGAGAUACAAUAAAAAACCAAAUGAAACAACUGUAAACAUAUAUGGUAAACCAAAAAACAAAAAGCAAACAUGAUAUCUCGAAAGAUAAACAUAUUUCCGAUCAAAAUAAUAUCGUUAAGCAACACAACACAUAUUGUUAUACAAACUUAAAGCAAAAGAAGAAAAAAAACUGACCGUGAAAAAUGCAAAAACAGCAUCAAAGUUGUGAUAUUUCAAGUAAAGAUAAUAUUUCAGUAAUUAUUCAAAUUUAACCCCCCCAUGCACCGGAGACCGCGCACACGCACACACAUGAUGCUGCGUGCCCUCGACAAAAAAAAGGGCAAGAGUGCCAGAAAGCUGCUCUGUGCUCAUGUGUGCCAAUUGUGUGUCCAUACGCACGCACCCAAAGCCCUUCCGUUCGCAAUGCCCAUCUGUGCGCAUGCAUGCAUAUCGUUUGAGCAACGAAUUUCAUACGAAACAACCCUAAACAAACAGAACCGAACGCAUGAAGGUGCGUUCGAAUGGACGCGUGUGUGCGUCUCUAUUUGUUAAAUCAUGAUGAAAGAACAAUAAUCAAGUAACGAAUCGAAAAAAAACAAACUUAAAAAUAUUACACGAAUUCGUUCGUUAGAAGGGGAUAGUAGCAGGAGUUUUCGGUUCAAUUGAAGCGACGAAAGUUUUACACGAGUUAGGGCGAAACAAUUAGGAAGCAAUGCGAGCAAUUCUAGGUAAACAAACAAAAGAACAACAUCAAACAUCAAGCAAAGAUAUCGACUGACGCGCAUAGACAUAUACCAGCACCAUGUGGAGGGAUUAAGUGACGGGAAAAUUGCAGCUUUAACCAAUAGAAGCUCUGAAAAGACUUUAGUUUCGUUUUCCGUAGUAUUGUAGGCUUUACGGUGUGUUUUUGUGUGAAAGAGUUGGUGCAAGUGUGGAUAAUUUGAGAACAGUAUGAGGCCGGCAGACUUGGAACAGUGCAAGCUCAAAGGAUGGGUAUUAAUAUUUUUAGGCAAUGGUGGCCGAAGAAGCAAUAGAAAAUUCAAUCGAAUGCGUUUUAAGGGCUUAUUCAGCAUGUUUUAAGCUUUCAAGAAUCAUAUUCGGUAAUUGUUGGUUGUUCUGUAACAUUUAAGACCUUAAUUUCGACUAAAUCCAUAGAUUUUGACCAAAAAAAAGAUCACUUAGAUAUGGUUUCAGAUGUAAUAUGAAUUUUAGACCUUUGCAAAUUACGAAUGUAGGAGGAGCAUUCUUCAGUCUGAACGGCAUUUUGUAAGUUCAAAACUACUGACAUUUACAGUUAAAUUUGAGAAAUUCGAUGUUUAGACAAUCUCUAGAAAAAAGGUCUACUCGAAAGCCCGUCACCAUUAUAUGUAUGGUACUUAGAAAACAAUCGGAUUUUUUUAAAUAUUCAAGUAAUAGAAAUUUUUUUGAUAGAUAUUCAAACAAAACAAGUGAUACUAUUUAGACCGAAUGGCAUUUUUGUACAUUCAUACUAUCUUAUUUUCCAAGUUCAUUCGAGAAACCUUCCAGAAGAGAUUCAUACCGUCUAAUCGCAGGUCUUUCUAACAAAUUGCAAAGCCAGAUAAAUGAGUGCGGCUUGGAAACAAUAGACAAAGUUCUAAAACAUUGAUGGCUUGGAAGAAUUUUGCGGCCUGAAUUCUCAAGAAAUAGCCUGAGUCCUGUCCUGAACAAUGUUCUAUAUUUGUUCGAAAAAGGUUCGAUUCUAUUGGCAUUCCUCAAUCCAAUGAACUUCUUUAUCGAUCGUGACCUAUUUGUACUCGUUGGGCUUCUUUCAACUUCAAGGUGCAGGUUAAGCCCUGUAUAUUCAAACUAUCCACCUUCAACCGAGAAACGUUCCAAAAGAGAUUCAUACCGUCUAAUCGCAGUGUCUUUCUAGCAAAUUGCAAAGCCAAAGAAAUGAAUGUGGCUUGGAAACAAUAGACAAAGCUCUAAAACACUGAUGGCUUGUAAAAAUUUUGUAGUCUGAAUUAUCAAAAAUAGCAUAAGUUCUGUCCCAAAGAAGUUCUACAUUUGUUGAAAAAAAAGGUCCGGUUCUAUUGGCAUUCCCCAAUCCGACGAACUUCUUUAUAGAUCGUGGCCUAUUAGUACUCAUUGGGCUUUUUUGGACUUCAAGAUGCAGGUUAAGCUUUGAAAGCUUCUUUCCAAAGGGUCAUUGAUCUUACCACUCAGAAGAUUUGAACAUCUUGAUUUGAAACAUCAAUCGCCAAACUUCAAAGCGUCUUAGUAAAUUCACAUGUUAUUAAGUACCGUUCGGACUUUAAAAUGCGCCUGCCAUCUUUCAGAGAGUUAAAGUUUCACCUUAUUACCAUAGCUUGAUGACUUUUGAACCAGUUGAUUUUUGGGAGCGGAUCAUCUGAACAUCUGAACGUUGAAAAGCUCAACUGGGUAGCCACGGAACCAGCUUAAGGUAGUUGGACUUUAUGCUCAACACAUUCCUUGUGUAUAGUUUCACCACUUCGAUUCAGUCGGGAUGGCUUGAUUUCGCCCGCUAAAACCGAUGAAGAAUGGUCUUUUAGCUACGUAGCCAGGCUAGGCAGCUGCUCCAAUCCUGUAUGCUUUUUAAUUUGGAUGAGAUUUCGAUAGCCUUGUGGUAGUGAAGUCCAAUAGCCCAGAAAAUCCAUGAUCUUAUCGAAACUUCAAGACGGAAGUUCAGCUAAGAACUGAACGAUCACACUGACUAAAUUUUCGUCCCGGAUGCCUUUACAAGCUGCUAUGAACACUUUGGAGGUAUGCGUAGUGACCAUGGAUCGCAAUAAGAAAAGAUGAUGCCCUUCGAUUGCCUUUUGGUCUUGAAAAGGCUCCUUCUAUCUUUCAAGGAGAUUAACCUUCAUGGGUUUCAUUUUUGUGUUUUUUUAAAACAAUUUAACUGGGUUUCUCGGAUUUUAAAUAAAUUGUUUCAGAUAAGGUCCUCAUUAUUUUUGUGUGUUUCAGUAUUGUGUGAAUUUUUAAUAGUUUUCAGUAUUUUCAAACGUUUAGUGUUAACAUGCAGUUGGUAUUUUGAAAGUUUAGAUACAAGUAAAAAAAACAGUCUUGUGAAUCUAAUCAAGAAUAUCAUUUAAGUUUAAAAGUUGUACUACGCUUUUUAAGUUAAUUAAGUGUGUCUAUUUGAUUUGAGCAUUGUUUAUGAAAAAACCUAUCCAUAGUUUUCAAUCCGAAUAGCAUGUGUUCCAAGUAAACUGUUAGCGUAUCUCUAUCGAGUGAGAGCGAUUGUGUUUAAUUCGGAGAAAAAAAACGCAAAAUAAGAUUUACCAGAAAUCGAAUACACCAAAAGUGGUUGAGGAGGAUUCAAAAAUGGAAUGAAAUUAAAUUUGAACCGACCGACUUGAUCGACCGUAGGAUACACUGAACUUAUCAAUAACCAAAAGAACGCGGCUGUGGUGAAUGUUGUUAGUUAUUAUUGACUACUGAUUUUCUGUUUUUUUUUUUUUUUUUUUGAGAAAAGAGGGUUUUUGUGGAAGUUUUCGGUAGGUACUAGGCGUGAUGUUCUACUUUUUUUUUACUAAACAUUAGCGAGCAGAUGGUUUAAUUUUUUUGUUGAGUGUGCAUCUGUGUGAUAAGUAAGUAUGUGAUUUUGACAACAAGCAAAACAAAAAAGAAUUAGGGAAAUCGAGGUGAACCGCCAGUUUUUAGAAGAGCACACAAGCGGCAAAGAAGAAGCGUAUUCGUGUAUGUGUAAAUGUCGAUAAUAAAUUGAAAUAUUUACUGUGAUAUUAAUCUUUACUUCAAAUAUUGACAUUCGUAUCAAGUGAAAUGUUGAUAUAAAUGAAAAUAUACAAAAACAAAACAUCCAUUAAAAUGAUACCUUACAGUAAGUUUCGAAGAUUGAGGAGAGAGAAAAAAAAAUUGCGUUAAAUAGAUCUAGCGAAAGCAGUUCGAAAAAAGGACAAAAGAACAAAAUCUUUUAGUAGUUAAGAAGUAAGCUAUUAAAAAAAUUCAAUUGAACGGAUUAGCGUUAGUCGUUGAAGGGUUGAACAAAAGAAGACAAAAAUCAACAAAAAAAACUUAGCACUCAUUAUAAGCAAAAAAAACUAACUAACGAAUAAUAGCAAGUAAAAUCAGUACAACUAUUCAAUUAACCCGUUUGAUUACUAGCCAAAACAGAGAGAAAGAAGAGGAGAAAGAGAGAAAAAUGUGCGCCAUAACAGAACUAAAAAAAAACACAAACCAGUUAAUCUCGUCUUUUGAAAAGUUUGCAAACGAAACACACUGAAAAAAACCAUAUUAUAGUGAAAACAAAACAGUUGCUUGUGAAAACCGAUCUUACGUACACUUAUCUAAGCUACAGAAAAAUUCUUUACUUCAUCUCAUUAUACACAAUAGAACACGGCAUAACGAGGGUACUACUGCUACCGGAAUACUACCACGAUUAAAGUAGCAUCAAUUUUAGUGAUUGACCAUAAAACCAAAUAGUCAAUACAUUGUUAAUCAUUUGAUCUACUGUCUUUUACAAUUAUUUGGACACUAACGGAAGGUUGGAUUUGGUUUAUUUUCUUCACGCGCGGCAGGCUUUCAAUUUUACCGGUCAACAACAAGCACCUCAGUUAACAAAAAUUUGGAACAGAAAGUUUUUCAUUUUUUUUUCAGGAGAAGUUUACUGUUGAGUAUCGUGUUUACAUUCUCAUGCUUGGAUUUGAGAUUGGUUCGCUUCUGUUUCUCGUCUGGCGAGGCAAGGGCUGUUGUAAUUUCUAUAGUGAGAUUCACUUCCAUUGUUUCCUAGAAGAAAUUUUCGUUUGAGUACUGUGUACACAUAUUUCCUGGGAGAAGGUUACACUCGAAUAUUGUGUUCACAUUUCCACUCAUGAUUCUUUUCAAGAAUCACUCAUAUGAAAACAAGAAUUUCGAAACUUUUGAAAACAAGCAGCUCAAGUUAGCUGAAGUAAUCAACCGAUACGUCGAAGCAAAUUGCGCAUAAAUCCUUGCCUCCGUAGAGAGUGGAUGAAUCGGAAACAGAAUGCACGUUUGCGUUUCUUGUGAGAAAUUCAUAGUUGAGUAAUGUGUUUAAAUUCUCGCUCAUGAGUUGUGUUUGGGUGGAAUAACAACAGGAAAACAUACUUGACGAAAAGUCAUCUAAAAUUAAGAGACCCCUAUGGUAUUAGUUCCCAUCUUCAAGGGAUUUCGAAAUAGUUGAAAGAAAAAAAAAUUGUUUCAGAACAAAAGAAAAUCAGCAAGUUAUUCAAGCUUUCCCAACAGCAUGGAGUUUGGCAAAUUAAAGUGAUAAAACACAAUGAGUAACUGCGUCCAGUGGCGUUACUCGUCACGUUUCAAUUUGUAAUUUUGACUCCACUAAGCACUCCAAAAAUGUAACGUUAGUUCAAAUAAGCUUCUAUUGGUUAAUGGAGGUGAUCUUAGCGCAGGUCUAGCCUGAAGCAUUAACACAACUCAGGGCUUCGUGGUGAAAUUUGCCAUUCAACUCACAAAAUAGGCCCCAAUGCUUUCCUCCGUUAACAGACGAUGAGUCCGAGAAAAAAGGCGUGUUUUCAAAACAUCAAUCGCCAUUACCUCCCAAGGAAAUAUAAACACGCUACUCGACUGUCCCCUUCUCUAAGUUUUGGUAUGUUUAUAUUUGCUCAAGUAAAUGUAUCGGAAUCCUUCCGCCCGCAGUAAUCGUGAUCGCUUUUUGAAAGUAUGGUAAGCCUACGAGAAUUAAUCCCCAUUACUUGUUGCGGAAAAUUUACGGUUGAGUAUCAUGUUUAUAUUUCUAUGCAAGAUGCUGUUGAGAUGCACAAUAGACUGAGUCGAUUUAGGAUCAUUUUUGAAUUUCUCAUAAUCUGGGGUAUAAAAUGAUUCGUUUUACGUAAUGUUUCUGUAAAUUUCAACUUCUAUGUUUGUAUGGGAGAAUUGAAUAUUUUGUUCUGAAAAGUCAACAUUGUUCUUAUUUCUUCUGAUGAACCAAGCCUGCUAAUGGUUUUUGUACCAAUUUAUAAUUUUUUUAAGGAAAUUUUCCGCUAAACCACGUUUUUGACGAUACAUGGUGGUGGAAUCCAGAGAAAAACUCCAUAAUUGGCUGAUGAAACGGUUAAAAUACGCCAUUUCUUAUCGUAAGUAAUAAACGUCGGAGUAUCGCGUUGAGCAUAAACACGAUACUCAACCAUAAAUGGACGUGACUGUAUUUUUCAUUAAAAAUCUUUCAUGGAUGUUGAAAUAGGUAUGUACAUAUGAAGUGAUGAAUGUUCUUCAUAAUUCUGGUAUUGUGCUUCGAAGCACUGAAACCUUGUAGCCCAAGGUGUAGAAUAUGGGAGUCAGGGCAUUGCUUCUCAUGAGCAAUUUACGGUUGAGUAUCGUGUUAAGAUGAACACGAUAUUCAGCCAUAAAUGAACGUGAUGGCAUUUUUCGUUUAAACAAACGUCGUAAAUUUAAUCCAAAGUAAGAUGACCUUUACACGAUUUAUUGAUGUAAACGUGAAAAGCCUGUCCGUUUUACUGCGUGGAGCAAAAUACUAGGCACUUCGAAAAAAACAAAAGCUAUACGAAUUCGAUCUUAUUUAGCAGGUAGCUCAACAGUAGGAGAAUUAACUAAGUUUCAACACGUUCUAACAGCGUUUGGUAGCAAGUUUUGGUAGGCACCAAUAUGUGAUUUUUCGAACAAAGAUUACUAUGUUAUUAUUAAACACGAAUACUUUAAAACUUCUCGAAAUAAAAAGUAAUUUUGAAGCAGGAAAACUAUGAAACAAAUCAAUCCUAGGAAAGGUUUGUGUUGAAAUUUUCGUGAAAGGUUACAUAAUUCGAAAACCUAAUAUUUAGGAUAGAAUAAAGGAAAAAAACUGAGACUUCCAAUAGUAGAGAGAAAGAGAGCAAAACAAAAGAGAGCGACAAAAAAGAAAUUCGCGGAAAGCGACUAUUAAAUUCAAGUUUAAUAAUAAACAAAACCGAACACAAUAAAUUUUGAAUCGUAGAUUAGAACAAGAUCGAUUUAAAAUGAAAUAAAAUUUAACAAGCUCUCACAGACAGACACACACACAAAAUUAAACCUUAUUGGAGUAAACCAAAAACGAACAAAUCUAACACUUAUAAAUAAUACAUAUAUCAACUCUUUGGGUCUUCGCCCACUUUCCCUCGCAGGGGGGAACCGAAUUUUACAAUUAGGCAAAACGUUUCGAAUUUUCUAGUGGAAUUUUUCUUCUCGUUAUACAAUACAUUUCUUAUAAAACAAAAACACUUGAUAAAAAAACCAUAUUUAAACAAAUACCCUUUGAAACCAUCACAUAUAUUCUAUUACAUAUAUAGCGUUUGUUGAACAUAAAUAAAAAUCACCUAAUGAAUCAUCACUCUACAAACAAAAGCAACACUAAAAAAAAUAAAGCUAUCGAAUCGAUUGUCUUUUUAAAACCGAUCGGAAUCCUGUAUGCUUCCGAUGCUUCUUGAACUUUUUUCACUGAUUAAAACUCGAUAUUGGCGAAACAAAUUGUGAUCAAGUAGAUUUGUUUGGAAUGCAAAUAAAAAACACAAACAAAACAAAACUCAUGUAAAAAAUUUAGCAAAAUAAGAAAAAUGAACCCAAAGUUGUGAAAUUGUGACCGAAAAAUACAUACACACACCCUUAAACAUACACUCUCACACACAAACACACACACAUACAAACACCUAGUGACACAUUCGGUUUGAUAAAAGCAGUAGUAUUGUGUAUAGUAACUUAAAGAAAAUGUUUCGAAUUAGAACACAAAAUAAUUUUCAUAUAUCUUUUGAGCAAGAAAAUCUGUUUUUACGAAUGAAGAUAUCGUUCAUCUCAAGAAAAAAAAUGUCAAUUCUCUCGAUAAUACACUGAAAAAAAAUGGUAGCGAAAAAAAAAACAAAUCUUUGGGGGAAACUUAACCUCAUCGUGUGCUGAUAUCGUUUGAACAAAAUUAUUUGUUACGUCAGAGAAGUCACAUAAUAUUUUGGUCACAAAAUGGCUUCCCCUAUUACGAUUGUCGACAAAGACAUACGAUCUCAAUUCGUUUAACAAAAAACACUGAAGAAAAAACACCUUUGUUGAAUUUGAUGAAAAGAACAAUUCACAAUGUUCCAAAAAUUUCGGUUCAAUUACAAAAUUCCAGGUAAAUUGCCGCUGUUUCUCACAACACAAACUGAAAGAGAAAACAAACAUUAAAACAGAUUCCCUGUACUAUUCUAAACGAAAACGAUAGACACCCAACAACACUCAUUCUUUGGCAGUUAAAAUGGCGGACACCGAGACGCCAUUCAAAAUGUAAACGAAAAGCAGUCGUUCGAAGAACAAAAAAUAGGUACACUUUAAUGAAGAAUUCCUUGAAACUUAAUAAACAGAAAAAGGAAAAACUGUUUGCACAAUUAACGCUCUUAAAACCGAAACGAAAAUUUAAACAGUGACUUCUCAUGUUUUUUCCUUUCGUUCACGAUAGGAGGAGAUUGAAACGUGAGGGUGCAAGCAGAAAGUAAUAAGCGAAGAAAACUUGGUAGAAAGAUUUGAAAACCUAUAGCGGAUAGUAGUUAUUAUUGUACCUUUUUUCUGAAUAAAUAAGCAAAAAAAACUAAUAAAAACAGAACAAAAAGUGAGCAAAUGAGGCGAUGGAAAACGGUAGGAUACAUAUUCAAUUAUAAAAAGAAGAAGGGGUGGUGCUGGUCCCAGACAUCCCAGGCAAUUAAAAACAGAACAUCAACUAAAGCAACCGGUUUGGUUGAAAUGGAUCUUUAAUAAAGCUAAUGAAAUGAA